AUGGCCGAGCGUCUCCCCGAGCCGGAGUGGAGUGGUGGAGAGCCCAAGAGAGUGAAGCCGCAUCGAGCUGACAAGAAGGAUCUGGACAACGAGGCAAAUGCAAUCCGCGAUACACCGAAGGAUGGAUCCUCGCAGACGGCGACACGAGGCAAGUUUGUCGUCGUUAUCGGGCAUGGCUUCUUGGGUGCCGUUGAAUCUAUCCGAUAG